AUGAGCGGCGAGAUGGUGAAGCAAACGAUCCAGAUCUAUGCCCGGGUGAAGCCCCUGGCCAGGCGGCAGCAAGCGGGGAUUUAUUCAGUUGGUGAAGAUGAAAAAUCAGCCUCCAGUUUAGAGAUUAUUGUUCCACGUGACUUGGCAGAUGGAUUUGUCAAUAAUAAACGAGAAAGCUACAAGUUUAAAUUUCAGAAAAUUUUUGAUCAGGAGGCAAAACAAGAUGCAGUUUUUGAAAGCAUUGCCAAACCAGUUGCUGAAUGUGCUCUAGCAGGAUAUAAUGGCACUAUCUUUGCAUAUGGACAGACGGGCAGUGGCAAGACUUUUACCAUCACUGGGGGAGCAGAGCGUUAUAGUGAUCGAGGCAUCAUUCCCAGGACACUGUCUUACAUUUUUCAGCAGUUGGAGAAGGACAGCAGCAAAGUGUACACAACCCAUGUUUCCUACUUGGAAAUCUACAAUGAAUGUGGUUAUGAUCUGUUGGACCCAAGACAUGAAGCCUCCAGAUUGGAAGAUUUGCCAAAAGUGACAAUAAUGGAAGACCCUGAUCAGAACAUUCAUCUGAAAAACCUGUCUCUUCAGCAAGCAACCAACGAGGAGGAAGCACUGAACCUUCUUUUUUUGGGAGACACUAAUAGGAUGAUUGCAGAGACUCCAAUGAAUCAAGCCUCAACUCGUUCCCACUGCAUCUUCACCAUUCACAUCUCAAGCAAGGAACCAGGAUCUGCAACCAUCCGACGCUCCAAGCUACACUUAGUAGACCUGGCUGGUUCAGAGCGUGUUGCAAAGACUGGAGUUGGAGGCCAACUCCUGACAGAGGCCAAAUAUAUCAAUCUGUCAUUACACUACCUGGAACAGGUAAUAAUUGCCCUAGCAGAGAAACAUCGAUCUCACAUUCCCUACAGGAACUCUAUGAUGACUUCGGUGCUCAGAGACAGCCUGGGAGGAAACUGCAUGACCACCAUGAUUGCAACACUCUCUUUAGACAAAAGAAACAUAGAUGAAUCUAUAUCAACAUGCAGAUUUGCACAGCGAGUUGCACUUAUUAAGAAUGAGGCAGUUCUUAAUGAAGAAAUUGAUCCUAGACUGAUGAUUAUCCAGCUGAAGAAGGUGAUCCAGGAACUGAAGGAUGAGCUGGCCAUGGUGACUGGGGAGCAAAGAACAGAAGAACUCACACAAGAAGAGCUACUUCAGCUGAAUGAGAUAAUUAAAACAUUUCUGGAAGAUCCUGAUCCUGAGAGCAUGCUGAAUGUUGGAGCUGAUAUGCGCAAGAUCAAGCACUGUUUCAAUUACAUAAAGCAACUGAUAAAUCGUACAAACAUUCCUGACAGAAGUCUGCUCUCCCCAGACAUCACUGGAGGUGAAGAUACUAAUACCCCAGAGAAGAAAGAGGAGUUAAAGAAGUUGAGAGACCUUCUACACCAAAGAGAUAAUGAAAUCAAUAUUCUAGUAAGUAUGUUAAAGAAAGAAAAAAAGAAAGCACAGGAUGCCCUUUUUCAGCUCAACGCUGGGUCUAGUGGUCUUGCAGUCUCGGCAAGUUCCCUUUCUAUAAGCUUGGAAGAAGGUCAGAGGCCAUCUGCCUGUGUUAAUGUGAAAGAUACACAAGAGUUCAGCUCCUCAGUACAUAGAUCUGCUUUUCUUCCCAGGCGAACAGGAUCAGGAGGAGAAAUGUCACUUGGACGUCAGGAGGCUUUUGAAAUUUUCAAGAGGGAUUAUGUCGACAGCGUAACCAUCGAGGACAACAAACAGCUUCUUAAACAGAGGUACCAAGAUGAUGGGAGUGUAAGAAGUAGGUUUGCUGAAGCAAAAUCCCUAGGAGAAAAAGUAAAUGAAGUAAGAAAUAAAAUAAACCAUCUGAAAGGAGAGAUAACCCAGCGGCACCUGCAAAAGGCAGCUCUAGGUGUUACCAGUCCUUCUGAAGAGCUAAAUGAAUCUGAUCCCGUGGAAGAGAGGCUUCGAGCACAAAUUGAAGAAGAGAAAAAAAGUUAUAAAACAAUGUUCAAUCGCUUGAAAGGGUUGAAGAUAGAGAUUGAACACUUGCAACUUCUUAUGGAAAAAGCCAAGGUGAAGCUGCAAAAAGACUUUGAAGUCUGGUGGUCUGAGGAGGCAUCGAAUCUGCAGGACCAGCAAGAGAAACUACCAGUGAGCAAUUCAGCAAGUGCCUUGAGGGCUUCCCCCCAGUCUCUUGAAUCCCAGCAACAUCUGUAUACUAACAGUUUUUCAGAUACCAGUAGAGUCAGCCCCAAUGAAGAUCGUGGUAGGAAAAACAACUUGAGCAGGCUCAGCAACUCAACUUCAAAUACAAGGCUUGGGGAACAAGUGAAUUUCUUGUUGCACUUCAAUACUCCCUUUGUAAAUGAAGAAAUAUGGACAAUUCAAAAAUCUCUCCUCUUCCCCCACCUUCUCUCUUUAAGAACCAGGAACAACUCACCACUUUGGGUCUGCAGCUUGACUGAGAAAAAAUGA